AUGCCUAAAGAAACAUCCAACAACCACUCUAAAUCCCAUGCUCAUUCUCAUUCCAAUAGCCUAGUUCGUAGUAGUAAUAGUAGCAAUCAUAGUAGUAGUAGUAGGGACAUGAAUGAAUUCAAACCUAGUAAUGUGAUCAUGGACACAUUAUCAACCACACUCAACUCUCAGUCUCAACAUGAGAGUUGCAGAAUGCAUUCAAACAUCAACAACAACAACACGCACACUGUCAUCCAAGUAUCAUCCAUGCCGAGUAGUAGUAGUAGUAUCAGGUGCAACAACAUGUCCUCUCCACAUUCUCCACCAAAAACAUAUUCAGGAGGAUCAGUUGUUGCUGCUUCUUCUAGUCAUGCUGGUGAUGUAGAUGGACAACACAUGCGAUCCAACAACAACAACUCUUCCUCCAACAGCAUCACCAACCACAUGCAUCAUCCACAGCAGCAACAUGAUACUACAACAAGUACAUGGUCAUCUCUAUCACCUCCUCUUCAGCAUGUAAAUCCUCACACUACUACAACUACUACCACUAGUGGUGGAAAAACUAAAAAGAAAAUUAACACCAAGAAAUCAUCAGCAAUUAAAUUUCAAAUUGAAAAUCCUUCGGAUCCCAAUUACAAGAGUAUUACACAAAAAUCAAAUUAUAAGGAAAUUACUUUGGAAGAGAUGAGUCAAUAUUUUCAUUUGCCUCAAACACAAGCAGCAGAAUUAUUGGGAGUGAGUUUAAGUACUCUUAAGGUGAGUUGUUUUUCACAAGAUCUUAUUGAAAUGACCCAUUGUUGUGUUUUGAAACAACAGAGAAGAUUUUAUUCAUUUGGAAUUGGACGAUGGCCAAGUUAUGAAAAUAAUAAUAAUAAUAAUCAAACUGUGAGCCAAAACAAUAACCACAACGCAUUGACAUGCAAUACGAAUAAUAAUAAUAAUACUGGUAGAGGAACAAGUAGUAUAUCACCACCGUUUCAACCUUCAACACCUCCUUCCCAUUCCUCACAUCCCAGUACUCCAUGCAUUGGAAAUGCUCAACAUGCACAACAUGAAAAUAUUCUGCAUUCCUCUCAUGUACAAAGACCCAAUAUUCCCAACGAUGAUUCUCGAGAUUCUUUUUAUUAUAAUAUCAACAACAAUCAUGCAGCAUUUCAUUCAUCAGCUUCCAAUUUGGCAUCAUUACGGAAUUUCACAUCCCCUCCAAAUCCAGUUCUAUCAAAUUCUUCAUCCGUUGGAACGAGUAUUCCACAACGAUCCAACUUGAAUAGAACCAUGAUUUCACUCCAACAACAACCCACACAUUCAUCUCAACCACAUUUUCCUUCUACUGCUGCUGUUCACUCUCAUCAUUUGAGAGCUUCCAUUCCACCCUCCUCCAUGACGACACCUUAUGAUUCCACUCGAUCCUGUCCUUCAAUUCUUGAAAAUUCUUCAAUGAGUAGUAGUCAAGCUUUUUUGGGUAGCAGUCAAAAUAAUCAACGAAUUUCUCGUUCUACUCCUAGUUCAACUCAAUUGACAGAACAAAUAAUUUCGUAUUCGACUGACAAUCUAAACACAAAUACUCAGAACGGUCUCAUUGGAAACUAUCACGCCAUUUCACAAUAUUCCACUCAACCAAAUGAACAUCAGGAUUUGCAAAUUCGGCCGAUAAGGAGCAAGUUUAAUGAUCAUUCUGAUGCCUUACCUCCAAUCAAUCCAAUUGGAUCUUCCAACAACAAACAGCAAUUGCAAGGAAAUUCUCAAUCCUACCGCUAUCAUCCCUACCAACGAGUGCAGUCUCCACAACAACAACCCUCCCUAAUAACGAAUGAACAAUUCAUACAGCAAACAAAUCUAAGUGACAUGAGAAAUGUUAGUUCUUCGUAUCAACAUGAGCAGCGUCACUACCACCAAUAUUAA